GUACGUUAACAGUGCAUUUCACUGAAACCACCACUGAAGUCUCAGCCAACAUCAUGGCAGCAUUAGGACUCCUAUGGCUUGUGAGCUCCAUAGCAUCCAUCCUUGUCAAAUGUGAAGAUGCAACAUCUGAACACAAAAAGAUCUACCCAGCAAAGAUAUUUGGACCAUCUAGCGUGACUGAAGGGGUAAACAUCCAUUUUAAAUGUAGCACUACUGGCAUCAGAGGACCUGAGGACAAGUUAAAUUUUUACCUUUGCAAGAAUGGAGUUGGGAUAAGAAUUGUGCUGCUGGAGAAAGGUGAAGAUGACGCUAUUUUCGACAUGAAGAAUGUCACAAGAGAAGACUCAGGCAACUACAGCUGUGUGUACACCAGAGAUAAACUUGUACCCAGUCACUUGAGGUCAACAGGGGAUAAUUUAGUAGUAUUUCAGGUUGAUGGAGAACAGAAAGAGGGACUAGAGAAUAUGGGAGGACAAGGGAGAGCGGGACUGGCAGCAGCCUUGGUCCUCCUGUUUCUGACGCUGUCUGUACUGCUGUUAGUGUGGAGGUACUGGGGAAUCCUGAAACAAAUGAUAAGUAUUGACCAUCAACCAAGUGAGAAUCAGGAUACGGAUCAAACAUACAGUCUAAUCUCAGUUGUACCAGUCACAACUGGUGUAAUUGAGGUCCCCUUUGAUGGUGAUGAAGGACACUAUUCUAUGAUAGGGCUGGAAUCGUCAGGGAGACUACGAAAGAAUCCUGAGCCCUUGGGUUCACAAGGUGUGUCAGGCAUGGGAUCGGUGGUUCAUCACUCUCCAACUGAUCCUACAGGAGAUGAGGCUCUGUGCAGCGUAAUAACAAGAGUGAAAAGACCAGAACAGCAGGGUGAAACUGCCAUCUAUGCCAAAGUGAAAACAAAGAAGGAGAAAGAAAAACAGGACCCUGUUUACAGUCUGUGUCAUUACAAAUACAGUAGUUCUAUACAGUAGUGCUAUACAGUAGUUCUAUACAGUAGUGCUAUACAGUAGUGCUAUACAGUAGUGCUAUACAGUAGUGCUAUACAGUAGUAUAUGACAUGCGAAAUGACACAACAGAACAUGUGGUUUAUCUGCCUUUUUGGUCAUAGAAGUAUGGGGAUAGUAAUACUGUACACCUAGGUGUAUGCUAAGAUGUGUUUUUUUAAAUACUGCUUUGGUUUUGAACAUAUUACUCUUUGAUGCCGUCUGCAGUCUGGGUGCUAUCUUUGAGCCUAGCAAAGAUGUAGAUGACAUUAUUCCACCUUUUAUUCAAUAAAAACACACCAAGCUUGAAAUGAAAGCAAUAUAAAUUCAAACAAAGUGUUAGCCAAUGUUUUCCACGUGUUUGUUAUGCCAACAUGGAAGUAUGAAUUAAGACACACAAAUGAUUGAUAAGACAAGCCCGAGACAUGCAUAGAGAAAGAGAUGUGGACAAAGGAGAAUAUGUGGCAGGCUAAUGUGGGUACAGUGUUUCUAUAGAAAGCUCAGUCUAAUGGGAGAGGGAGACAGAGCUUAGUAAUAGACAAGCCACUAUCAUCAUGCCUCCCAGCAGAGGGGAAGAGGGGAGGAGAAGUGAAGAGGAGGGAAAGAGUGGGAGACUGUCUGCAACAUAUUACCAUUUCUCCACACACACCAUGACCCAGGGGCUAGGCAGAAGAGAUUGAUUUUUUUCCUCCCAGCAUUUUCCAUUUGCUGUCACUCUCACAAGGCAUCGUCAUCAUAGACCCAUGUCACACACCAGAUGGUUUCACUCCUACGUGACGCUCAUCCCUCAACUCAACAGUGCAGACGGCCGUCCCGCUAUCUGACGUGAGACAAUGCAUAAUAGACAUGAUGGAGUUAUGUGGCUCACAGACAUGCAUACACACACAGACACACACACAAACACAAAAACACAAACAAACACACAUACACACAAAAUAACAUCUCAAAAUCAAAAUCUUCUCAUCCCACAGGUACUCCAGCUACUGUAGUAUCAGGGGAAUGGAUGCUGUAUAUUAGACAAUCUCUCAAUACACACAUACAGAUGCACACUCCUCCACCCCUAUUAACCCUGACAUUAAACCUGAAGCAACAGUCUGAAGCUACCUUAGUUAGACGUAUGGCUGAGGCAGCCUCGCUGCUAGCCACUGUCUGUGGGGAGAGAACGAGACAGAACAACAGCAGUGUGCUGGAUCUAUGUAGGUAGAGCUGCUGGGGCAGGGCUUGCAGUGUAGACACUUGGCUGUGGAUGGGCUACAGGCUGCAGGGAGUGUGCUGCUGGGGAAGAUAACUGGGAGUGAUUAGUGAUUAGACUCUUCUGGGGGAGAGGGGGGGGCUGGUUUUUCCUGGAGGAGGUUGAGGAGGAGGAAAAGGAGGAGAGAGAGGAGAGAGAGUGCACUACCGUUCAUUUAGAGGCAGCAGCAAGGGACUGAAGCAUCGUCUGUCUGAGCUGAGGCAGGGCUGCAUUGAAUGGGGGAAUACUAGAGAGCAGCGCUGCCUGUCUGUCUGUCGAUACUGCCUGGACUCUCACGUUGCAUCCCGGAUAGAUUGUGUGUUGAGUGGAUGAUAGGAAUAGAGGAUGCAGGUCUGAUAUGCACAGUAUGUCUGUUUGUGAGCAUAUGUGUAUUGGUUUGUGUGUGUUCACUACAUCCAAGCAGGUGAGUGUAAUGUGUUCGCAUGUACACUGUUGU